AUGAGGUCUAUCGACUCAGCCGUUUUUUCCAUAAUGACCAACCUAAUUGUGGGAGUGUUGGCGGAAACUAGUGAGUUUCAAACAUGCUAUAGAAUCGACGGUGCUGUUCUUCCGAAUGCCGUCAGAUGUGAAAACCCCGUGGAUUAUCUGCGAGAAGGGUGUACCGAUUACUCGUGGAGUGAUACAGCAUGUUUUCAGGUCUGUCCGUGGUACGUAUCAGCUACUACAGUUGAAUCGGCGUCGCCCCCUACACUAGUCAUUAGCACGGGCAGCGAUAUAUCAACAGGGCUUCUUACAGGCGAAGCGACACGUACUGGGUCAAUACCCCCGAGUCAAUAUACGAAUGCCAGCGCAGGCCCUACAGAGAGCGGGAGUUCAUCUACCAAUGCCAACUUAUCAACCGCACUAGGUGCAGCGGGAUACCUUUGA